AUGGCCAAGGCGCGGAAGCAGAAGCCGGAAGGGGGCGCCGGCGGAGGCCCCACCGUGCUCCACCAGAAGCUGUGCCUCUCCAUCGACAUGGAGAACCAGCUGAUUUACGGGUACACCGAGAUGAAAGUUCUACUAGCUGAGAACGAUAGUUUCGCUCUACAUGCUGACAGUAUGACGAUUAGGAACAUAUUGGUGGAUGGUGAGGCUGUUGAGUUUGAGUACUCUCCUCAUUGGAGAAGUGUUGAUGAUCAGUCGAGUUGGUUGUCAGUAUCAUGUUUGAAGACUGCUGCUGAUGCUGCAUGCUCAGCUUACGUCUCUUCUCUAACCAGUGAAGCUGUACCUAAUCUCAUCAUUUCAUCUGAGAGAUCGGUCAAGUCAACCACUGAGCUACCGGGUAAUGAAAAUUGUGAAAAGCAUGAAGGAAUUGGUGGAAAACAUGUUCAAUUUUCUGAUGACAAAGCAGUUAAAAUCUGCAAUGGUUCUACGGAGGAAAAUGGUAAGGAAGAGGAAAAGGAGAACAAAACAGAAGAUGGAAAAGACAAUGACAAGGAAGAGAAAACUGAGAUGGAGGUGGAGACAGAGAAGGAGAAGGAAACUGAAGAGGAGAAGGAGAAAGAGAAGGAAAAGGAGAAAGAGGAAAAGGACGAGGAAAAGGAAAAGGAUGUCAUAAAUGAAAAUGAGAAAGAAAAGGAAAAUGAAAUGCAAAUCGAGAACGAAAAGGUGAAGAACACAAAACUGGUUCGUGUAGAUUAUAUUUUGGAGAAGGCCGAAACUGGUGUUCAUUUUGUCAACAGUGUCUUACAUAGUAAUAGUCAAAUAAGGCGUGCACACUGUUGGUUCCCUUGCAUUGAUAGUGCCACGCAACGUUGUCCGUUUGACCUGGAGUUUACAGUUAGCACAGAUCUAGUCGCAGUCAGCAAUGGGGACUUGCUUUACCAGGUCUUAAGCAAGGAAGAUCCUCCAAGGAAAACUUAUGUAUACAAGUUGAGCACUCCAGUUAGUGCACAGUGGAUAUCGUUGGUUGUAGGCCCAUUUGAAGUUCUUCCUGACAAGAAUGGAAUAAGUGUAUCCCACAUGUGUUUAUCUCCGGCUUUGUCAAAGCUCGAUAACACCAUCUCAUUCUUUCACGAUGCUUACAGCUGUUACGAAGAUUAUCUCGCGGCAUCAUUUCCCUUUGGUUUAUACAAGCAAAUUUUUCUUCCAUCUGAAAUGGUAGUAUCGCCAACAAGCUUUGGAGCCUCCACAUGCAUCUUCAGCGCAGAUAUCUUAAAUGAUGAAAAAGUUAUAGACCAGAUUAUUGGCACAAGAAUCAAACUAGCAUAUGCUCUUGCAAGGCAGUGGUUUGGCAUAUACACAAGUGCGGAAGAGCCAAAUGAUGAAUGGCUACUGGAUGGUUUGGCUGGUUUUCUUACUGACCUUUUUAUCAAGCGUUACCUUGGGAAUAAUGAGGCACGCUAUAGGCGUUUCAAGGCCAAUUGCACCGUAUGCCAGUUCGAUGUCAGUGGUGCAACUGCUUUGGGGUCUCCUGAUGCUUCAACUGAUCUGUAUGGAACUCAAACACUUGGCUCAUAUGGGAAAAUUCGUUCAUUGAAGGCAGUGGCUGUUCUUCAAACAUUGGAGAAACAGAUGGGACCAGACUCUUUUCGAAAGAUUCUGCAGAUGAUAGUUGCUUCAACUCGUGCCUCGAGGACACUUAGUACGAAAGAGUUUAGGCACCUCGCGAAUAAGAUUGGCAAUCUUGAACGUCCAUUCCUCAAAGAAUUCUUUCCACGGUGGAUUGAAUCUUGUGGAUGUCCAAUUAUGAGAUUGGGAAUCUCCUAUAAUAAAAGGAGAAAUUUGGUCGAAUUAGCUGUUUCACGGGGUUGUACAGCAAAAGCUGAUCCAGUUUCUGAUAGUCACGUGAAUGGUGAUAUUCAAGAAGGUGCAACUGGAUGGCCAGGAAUGAUGAGUGUACGUGUUCAUGAAACUGAUGGAGUGUAUGAUCAUCCGAUUCUGCCAAUGGCUGGUGAAGCGUUGCAGGUGAUGGAAUUACAGUGCCAUUCCAAACUAGCAGCAAAGCGGUUUCAGAAAACCAAAAAGGGCUCCAAGCCUGAUGGUUCUGAUGACAACGUAGAUGCUUCAACUCAAGAGAACCGCACAAGCAUGGAUUCCCCUUUACUAUGGAUCAGAGUGGACCCAGAAAUGGAAUACCUUGCUGAAAUCCAUUUUCACCAGCCUAUUCAGAUGUGGAUCAAUCAAUUGGAGAAGGACAAAGAUGUCAUUUCCCAGUCACAGGCAAUAGCUGUUCUGGAGAAAUUACCCCAGCUCUCUUUUGCUGUGAUUAAUGCCCUCAAUAAUUUCCUAAAUGAUACAAAGGCCUUUUGGAGAGUUAGAGUUGAAGCGGCAUAUGCAUUAGCAGUAACUGCAUCAGAGGACACAGAUUUAGCUGGGCUGCUUCAUCUGGUUAAAUUCUAUAAAAGCCGCCGGUUUGAUACAGAUAUUGGAUUACCCAGGCCAAACGACUUCCAUGAUAUUCCAGAAUACUUUGUUCUUGAGGCAAUUCCUCAUGCAGUAGCUCUUGUUAGAUCAUCAGAUAAGAGCAGCCCAAGACAAGCUAUUGAAUUUAUUCUUCAGCUUCUAAAGUAUAAUGAUAACAACGGGAAUGUAUACUCUGAUGUCUACUGGCUAGCUGCAAUGGUCCAAGCAAUAGGCGAAGUAGAAUUUGGCCAGCAGGGCAUAGGUCUCCUAUCCUCUCUUCUGAAGCGUAUUGACCGACUCCUGCAAUUUGACAACUUUAUGCCUGGUUACAAUGGGGUUUUGACUGUCAGCUGCAUUCGAGCUCUUGCACGUAUAGCGGAGAGGGUAUCACCUUCCAUUUGCCUUGAUCGUAUUUGUGAAUUGAUUGCCCCUUUCCGUAGCAUGGAUAAACCAUGGAAAGUCCGAAUAGAAGCCAGCAGGGUUCUUCUUGAUCUCGAGCUUCACCAUAAGGGGCUAGAUGCAGCUCUCUUGUUGUUCUUGAAAUAUACAGAUGAAGAAAGAUCUUUGCGAGGUGCGACAAAGUUGGCUGUUCAUGUCUUGCGCAUAUGUCAAGCAAAUAUUGAAUCUAACGUUACUGAUCAGAUAAAAUUGCCAACACUCUUUGGUCUCCUUCACCUGCUCAGUAGCAAAAAAGCAUACAACAAUGUUCUUCUUCGCCAUAAUGUGUUCUGCAUUUUGCAAAUUGCUGCUGGAAGGUCUCCAACACUGUAUGGAGUUCCAAAGUUUGUUGCUCCCUCUCCACUGGUCCAGGAGGUAUCAGUUGAUCAGCAUACUAAAGCUGAUUCCUCGGUUCCUCAACUAUCAAGGCCUCAAGAACCUUCCACUAGCACUCCUAGUGUCCGUGAGGUCUUACCUGCCACUGGACCUUCCAAAGAUGCUGAUAACAUAUCUAACUGCAGUGAGAGAAGGAAUGUUGUCAAAAUUAGGGUUAGGCGUAGUGCAUCAUCCAGUAAAGCAGAUGGUGCUGAUCACCAAGAUCAUUCACAUGGUGGAAGAAAUGAAAACGAAGCGGGUCCUUGUAGUUCUAUGUCGGUGGAUGCCCCUAUGGUUGGAGCGCCAAAUGAGCCACCGACCACAAGUAAUCAUAAUAUUGAGGAGCAGAACUCAUGUCAUGACCGUGAAUCAAGGAUGUCCGCAAGCGUGAGCAACGCCAAAGUAAUGGACACGUAUGAAAUCUCCAAGGAACUACAGUGUACAGCCGAUUCAAGGAUAUAUGCUGCUGAUUCAAGGCUAGAUGCGGUUCCCAAGGAUGAGUUCUCUCCUGUCCUCAAUGUGAGGGAAGAUGUGGAUAAGCCUGGUAGUCAGCUUGAAGGAGUAUCCACCAGCUAUGUUGGAACCCAAGCUCCAGAAUCCGUCAAUGGGCUGCACUCUAAAGAGAAGAAGAGAAAAGACAAGAAAGAUAAGAAGCGCAACCGAGAUGAAAAACGAGACAAGAAAGAUGACCCCGAGUACCUGGCGAAGAAGCGCCUUAAGAAAGAGAAGAAAAAGAUGGAGAAAGAGUUGGCCCGAAAGCAGAAGGAAGGUGACAGAGCUACUUCUCAGCAAGAUAUAGUAGUGAAACCCUCAGACUCGCAAGGAACUGUGGCAGCAACGCCACCGGCUCCAGAGCAAAGCGCCGAGCCCCAGGUUUCGAGCAAGGAUGCUGCAGUAGACACGGCACGGACGCCACCGCCGACCAAGAAAAUAAAGAUCAAAUUCAAGCCCUUGAAGAAGAUAGGCUGA